GGGAGGGGUGGGGGGGGGACCUAAAUGACUUGUUGUUGGGAACGGGUGCGCAGCCUAUCACCCUCCCCCCUUCAACCCCCCUCCACCUAAGCGGUGGCCUCCACUCCUCACAUCUUAGAUACAUCUCAAAAUCAGCCGCACACCAAAUCAUGUAUCACCAAACUCCACCUUACUCCACCUCCUCCACCCCAUCCUUUUCUCCCUCUUCUCUUAUUUUCCCUCUUGCUUUUCUUCGCCGCCCUCCUUAUCCUUCACCCCUCUCUGAUUUCUCAAUCUCUGCCUCCUCCACCACCGCUGUUUUCUACCCUUAUUAACCGGUGCUUCCCUUUCUCCGUUAGACCGAGAAAAGUGCCUCCUUUUUACCUAUUCCUCCGCCAUGGCUUCCUCAUCCUCACCACCACCCACGUCUGACAUCACCACUCCUCCGGGCCCACCCACCGCCAUGCCUCUCCCGCUCUCUCUACCUGCUCCACCCGAUCCGCAACUCGAUUCCCAACCCCCCACCACCACCACCACCACCGCUUCCCGACGCCUCCCUCCUCCCUGCUGGUCUCAUGACGAGACGAUGGCUUUGAUUGACUCGUACCGUGACAAGUGGUACUCGCUCCGCCGCGGUAACCUUAAGGCCACCCACUGGCAGGAGGUCGCCGAUGCCGUGGCCCAACGGUGCCCAGCGGCCUCCCCUCCCAAGACCGCAGUCCAGUGCCGCCACAAGAUGGAGAAGCUACGCAAGCGCUACCGCACUGAGCUCCAGCGCGCCCGCUCCAUGCCCGUCUCUCGCUUCACCUCCUCCUGGGUCCAUUUCAAGCGUAUGGAUGCCAUGGAGAAGGGCCCCUCCUCCAAGAAACGCGCCAACUUGUCCGAUAGCGAUAACGACAACGACGACAUAGACGCCGACGAUGAUGAAGAUCAAGAUUUGUAUGAAGAAUUCAAGAAUGGAGGAGGUCCCAAUAUGAGGCACAUGAGUAAAUUGUACAGAAACAAUGGGACUGGUGGUGAUAACGGCGAUGGUGGUAGUGGAGGAAGUGGGUUCCGGAUUAGAAUCCCGACCGGGGUCAGUAUAGCGCAGGCCGGAUCGAAAUAUUUCGGCAAGGCUGAGCACAAGUAUAACUCCAACCCUAAUUCGACCCCGUACCCUAACCCUAGUUCAAAUUCUGGUGGUAUUUUCGGCGCUAGGGUUUUGAGGGAAUGUAAUUCGGCGAAGUCGGCAGGCUCGGGUAAGAGGGAGAGGGACCCGUUGACAGAGAUUGUGUCGGCGAUACAGGUACUGGGGGAUGGGUUUGUGAGGAUGGAGCAGAUGAAGAUGGAGAUGGCGAGGGAAAUCGAGGCAAUGAGGAUGGAGAUGGAGAUGAAGCGGACCGAGAUGAUCUUGGAGUCGCAGCAGCGGAUUGUGGAGGCGUUUGCGAAGGCCGUCUCGGAGAAGAAGAAGAAGCCAAAGAGAAUGCCCUCUCCAGAGUCUUAGAUUGACCCUGGUAAUUGGAAUUUGUGGGUUUCUUGGCCUUGCUAUUCCCACUCCCCCCAACAAAACAGCAAAAAGAAGGGUGUUUGCCCGUGAACUUUUUGUGCAACUGAGAUUUGGUGAGUGGGUUUGACAUUGGACAUUGAUGGAGCUUGCUCUAGAGGCCAAGUGACUGAGCUUAUGUGAGUUUGCUAGUUUAGUUGUCUCUGUCUAAUCUGGGUUUUGUCGCUUUUCUAAGAGAGAGUAGAACGACGUGGGAUUUAACUAGUUGUAGCUUGAUUUUCACUGGAAAAAGGUAGCUUUAAUAUUCUGUAAUUGCACUUGACGACUCUUUGAGUUUUUGAUUCAAAGCUUAGUGACAAUAGUUUUUCUGAUGAAUAGUGUAUCUUUACCAAUGUCA